AUGCCACGACCGUCGAACUUGUCGGCCACCACAGCGACCACUGACGACGGAUCACCAACCUCAGGAUCACGACCUUCUGUAGCAACACUGCUCUGCUUCUCCGCCCUUACACUCAGCAUCUUCUUGGUGGCUCUCGACACCGUUCUCAUCCCCACGGCGCUCCCCACUAUCUCCCUCUCUUUCCACAUUCCAGACUCCUUGUACCCAUGGACGGGCUCAGCAUAUCUUCUUUCAAAUGCUGCCAGUAUGCCGUUUUGGGGAAAGCUAAGCGAUGUUUUCGGGCGCAAGCCGGUGAUUCUGAUUGCGAAUUCUAUAUUCCUCGGCGGGAGUAUCGUGUGCGCCGUGAGUAUCAGCGCGCCGAUGUUGGUGGCUGGAAGAGCCGUGCAGGGGUUGGGUGGUGGAGGCGUGAAUGUGCUAGUGUAUGUUUGCGUUGCGGAUCUGUUCGCUAUUCGUGACCGAUCUUUCUACAUGGGGAUCGUAGGUGCCAUGUGGGCUGUCGCGUCCGCAUUGGGUCCCGUGCUGGGAGGCGUUUUCGCCCAGAAGCUUAACUGGAGAUGGUGCUUCUACAUCAACCUCCCACUCGUGUCGAUGUCAAUCAUAAUUCUCUAUUUCACUCUCCACCUUCACAACCCUCGCACGCCUUUCCUCGCCGGGCUCAUCUCCAUCGACUGGCCGGGCACCGUCACCAUUCUCACAGCUACCGUUCUUCUGCUCGUCGGCCUUCAACUGGGCGGCACAUCAUCCUACAGCACCCCCUUGGUUAUCUCCUUCCUAGUCUUCGGUUCGCUCGCGUACAUCCUUUUCCCCUUCACGCAAUGGUGGGACGAGAAGCGCGGUGGCUCGCCCAUCAUGCCACUCCGCAUCUUCCGCGACAUUUCUAACCUCUCGGCCCUCGGUGUAUGCGCGUGCGAUGCGCUCGUAUUUAACUCAGUGGCGUACUUCCUGCCGCUCUACUUCCAGCUCGUCCUCGCGGUUUCCCCUUCCACAUCCGGCCUCUACAUGCUCGCCGUCGCUAUUCCCCUGGCUAUCGUCUCAUUUGCGACUGGCGCCAUCAUCAACAAAACCGGCCGCUACCUAGAAGUCCUCCAAGCCGGUCUCGCGCUCAUGACUCUCGGCGUCGGCCUCCUCAUUUCCUUCACAACCACGCUCGGCCUGGGCAAAAUUAUCGGCGUCCUGAUCGUAAUCGGCAUCGGCUUCGGUCCAAACUUCCACGCCCCGCUCAUCGCGCUGCAAACACGCAUCCGCGAAUCCGACAUGGCGGCCGGCACGUCUGCCUUUGGCUUCGUGCGCAUGGUCAGCGGCGCGAUCGGCGUCGUCGUCGGCCAAGUAGUCUUCCAGCUCCUCAUGCGGCCGCAUCUUGGUUCGUUCUUGGAUGCCGGGCUUUCUGAUAGUUUUGCAGAGGCGUUGGCGGCUGGGGAGGCAAUUUCGGAGGCGAGCAGGGUGGCGCAGUUGUCGAGGGGGCAGAGGGCUGUUGUGAGGGAGGGAAUGAGUGCGGCAUUGAGGGGGACGUGGAUAUUUUAUACGGUUGUGAGUGCAUUGGGGUUGAUGGUUUCUUUUGGUAUUAUGAGGAAGACACUAGAGAGGGAGGGGGCCGGGAAAAGGGGCGGAGAAGUGAGGAGUGUGGGGGAUAAGGAGGCGGAGGUGGAGAGUGGACGGACAGGGGGGGAGGGCGAGAAAUAG